AUCAGCAGCUCUGACCUGCGCUACCAGCCACAAGGAGCUGAUCUGCCUUCAGAUCAGUCACGUUGCUGCAGAGCUUUGAAGCCUCUGCCUGUGGCUGCAAACCUCUUCCAGGCUCAUUGCUCCAUUGGCUUGAAGGGAAAUUGUUUUAUGGCCUUUGUAGGGGAAUUGUUCACCUCUGAGGAACAACGCUGAAGGCUGCCAGCUCUAAAUCUCCUCAUGAUACCCUUGUUUUCUCCAUGGAGCUUGACGCAGGUGUCAGUCUUUGAUCGUGUGAGGUCGUAGCCAAUCAGCAGCAGUGUCAGGACCAGAGGAGAGCGUACCAACAGUCAGACCAUGGACCUUAGACUCAGACGGCUGUGGCCUCUCACCAGGGGAGCUCUUCAUCUCCUGCUGCUGGCCAGACUGGUGCUGCCUUCUCACACAGAGAGCAUGCCCAGCUUCAUCAAGUCCCCUGACGAUCAGACAGGGAUUUCGGGAGGAGUGGCGUCGUUCGUAUGCCAGGCAGUGGGUGAGCCCAAGCCUCGCAUCACCUGGAUGAAGAAGGGGAAGAAAGUCAGCUCUCAGCGCUUUGAGGUGAUUGAGUUCGAUGAUGGCUCGGGCUCGGUGCUGCGUAUCCAGCCUCUGAGGACCCACCGCGAUGAAGCCAUCUAUGAAUGCACGGCCACCAACAGCGUGGGAGAGAUCAACACCAGUGCCAAGCUCACUGUCUUAGAGGAGGACCAGAUCCCACAUGGUUUCCCCACCAUAGACAUGGGGCCCCAGCUGAAGGUUGUGGAGAGAACGCGUACUGCUACGAUGCUGUGUGCAGCCAGCGGCAACCCCGACCCAGAGAUCUACUGGUUCAAAGACUUCCUACCUGUGGACAUCAGCAGCAGCAACGGGCGCAUUAAACAGCUGCGUUCAGGAGCGCUUCAGAUUGAGAACAGCGAAGAGUCAGACCAGGGCAAGUACGAGUGCGUGGCAGUCAACAGCGCCGGGACUCGCUACUCGGCUCCGGCUAACCUUUAUGUUCGAGUUCGUCGUGUGCCUCCCCGUUUCUCCAUCCCUCCCAACAAUCACGAGGUGAUGCCCGGUGGCAGCGUCAACCUGACCUGCGUUGCAGUUGGUGCUCCCAUGCCUUAUGUCAAGUGGAUGAGCGGCGAAGUGGAGCUGACCCGGGAGGACGAGAUGCCAAUUGGCCGCAACGUCCUGGAGCUGACCAACAUCCGGCAGUCUGCCAACUACACCUGUGUGGCCAUAUCCUCCCUAGGCAUGAUUGAGACUACAGCCCAGAUCACUGUCAAAGCUCUGCCCAAGCAGCCCACCUCCCUCAUUGUGACAGAAACCACAGCCACCAGCGUAACCCUGACCUGGGACUCUGGCAACCCAGAGCCGGUGUCCUACUAUAUCAUCCAGUACCGUGCCAAACUGUCUGAAAAUGGCUUCCAGGAAGUGGAUGGAGUGGCCACAACCCGAUACAGCAUUGGCGGCCUCAGCCCCUUCUCCGAAUAUGAGUUUCGUGUCAUGGCUGUCAACAAUGUCGGCCGAGGUCCUCCCAGCAUUACUGUGGACACCCGUACAAGCGAACAAGCACCCUCAUCACCUCCUAUUCACGUCCAGGCGCGCAUGUUGAGCUCCAGCACCAUGCUGGUCCAGUGGGAGCCUCCAGAGGAGUCCAAUGGCCAAAUCCGAGGAUACCGAGUCUACUACAGCGCCGACCACGAUGCCCCGCUCAGCGCCUGGCAGAUACACAACACAGAUGACAGCCAGCUCACUACCAUCUCAGGCCUCACCACAGACAUCACCUACAGCCUGAGGGUGCUGGGCUUCACAUCUGUGGGAGACGGGCCUCCCUCUGAUGUUCUGCAGAUCAAGACUCAGCAGGGAGUUCCAGCUCAGCCAUCUGGUUUUGAGGCAGAGGCCGAGCUAGACUCACGCAUCAUGCUCUCAUGGCUUUGGCCUGUCCAGGACCCCAUUAUUAGCUUUGAACUGCUCUACUGGGAGGCCAGCAACCCCACAGACAAGCAUCAUGUCACGUUUGACCCAGCAGGCUCCUAUGCAGUUGAUGGUCUGAAGCCAGAUACACUCUACAUGUUUUGCCUGGCAGCAAGAUCCGACAUGGGCUUAGGAGUCUUUACUCAACCUGUUGAGGCCAGGACCGCUCAGUCCACCCCUUCAGCCCCUCCCCAGGAGGUUCGCUUGCUCAGCCUCAGCUCCACCAGCAUCAAGGUGAGUUGGGUGGCACCUCCCACAGACAGUCGCCAUGGGGAGAUAGUGUGCUACUCCCUAGCCUACCAAGCAGUCACAGGGGAGGAUGUGGAGCGCCACCAGGUGUCAGGGAUUGCUGCUGAUGUCACCAGCUACUUGCUGGAGGACCUGGAGAAGUGGACAGAGUAUUUGGUGUGGGUGAGGGCUCACACUGACGUGGGGCCCGGCCCAGAGAGCCCCCCAGCCAACACCAGAACCAAGGAGGAUGUGCCUGGAGCUCCUCCCAGGAAAGUGGAGGCAGAUGCCCUGAACUCCACUGCCCUCAGGGUGACCUGGAAGCCUCCCCUGUCCGUGAAGCAGCAUGGCCAGAUCAGAGGCUACCAGCUGGUCUACUCCAGGCUUGAGAAAGGAGAGCCUCACGGCCAGCCGGUCAUCAUGGACAUUUCCUUCCCUGAAGCUCAGGAGGCCAUUAUAACAGGUCUGCUCCCAGAGACCACCUACUCUGUGACCGUGGCUGCGUACACCACCAAGGGCGAUGGAGCUCGCAGCAAGGCCAGGGUGGUAACCACAACAGGAGCAGUGCCUGGCAAGCCCACUAUGAUGAUCAGCACCACCAUAGGGAACACUGCCCUGAUCCAGUGGCAGCCCCCGAAGGAAAUGGUGGGGGAUCAUAUAGGAUACCAGCUGCAGUACAAAAGAGCAGAGGGGGAAGCGUUCAUUGUCAAAGACUUCAGACAGACAGAUGAUCAUUUUACAGUCACCGGCCUCCACAAGGGAGCCACCUAUAUCUUUAAACUGUGCGCCAAAAACCGAGCAGGCAAUGGGGAAGAAUAUGUGAAGGAGAUCAGCACCCCUGAAGACAUUCCCAGCAGCUACUCCCAGAAUCUGAGUGUGGUAGGCCUGACCGCCACCUCCACCAAGCUGGCCUGGGACCCCCCUCCUCUGGCCGAGAGGAACGGGAAGAUUGUCAAGUAUGUGGUGGUGUACCGAGAUAUCAACAGCCAGCACAACAACACCAACAGCACCACAGAAACACAGAUGACCAUCCACGGUUUGCAGCCCGACACAACCUAUGACAUCAGAGUCCAAGCUUUCACCAGCAAGGGGGGAGGACCCAUCAGCCCCAGCAUUCAGAGCAGAACCAUGUCCACCUCCAUGCCAGACCUUCCCUCAGUGUUCACCAAGAACUUUGGUGUGAAGGCUGUGACGAAGACCUCUGUCCUGCUGACCUGGGAAGUGCCAGAAACCUACAAAUCUCAAGUGCCUCUCAAGAUCCUGUACAACCAACAGAGUGUGGAGGUUCAAGGCAGCCUGAAGAGGAAGUUGAUCACACAGCUACAGCCAGAUACUGAUUAUUCCUUUGUGCUGAUGAGCCGAGGGAACAGUGCCGGCGGCCUACAGCAGCAAGUUUCUAUCCGAACAGCUCCAGACCUGUUGAAGAUGAAACCAACUCAAUACCAGAACGAUGUGGAGGAGGGUGGUAAAGUGACCAUCAGGCUUCCCAUGGUCCCUGCUGGAGUCCCUGUCAGAUGGUACUACAUAGUGGUCGUCCCUGUCACCCCAGCUUCUUUGAGAAGAUGGGAAAACCCUGAAGACAUGGAUAUAUAUGAGCUCCUGGAGGCUGGUGCUGACAGCAGUCUUCAGAGAAAGAGGAGACAGAGCCAGGACUUCCUGCAGCCCUACAUCGCUGCCAAGCUGGAAACUCUGCCGGAGAUCUUCACUCUGGGCGAUGAGAAGAAAUACAACGACUACUACAACAAACCCCUCCCUGGCCAGCAGCAGUAUCGUUGCUUUGUUCUGGCUGACCUGAAGGACCACGAGUCUCAGAGGACGUUUGCGGCCAGCCCCUUCUCUGAGCCCAUCGUCGUGAAGCUCCACAGUGGGAUGACCCGACAAACUGAGGAACCGGAGAUGCUGUGGGUGAUGGGUCCGGUGCUGGCUGUCAUUCUCAUCAUCAUCAUCGUCAUUGCUAUUUUACUCUUCAAGAGCAAACAAGAAAGGAAACGAACAUCUCCAGCCAAGGACGAGCACAAGGCAGGGGUGAAGGACUCACUGCUGGCCCACUCCUCAGAUCCUGUGGAGAUGAGGAGACUCAACUAUCAGACACAAGGAAUGAGGGAACAUCCUCCCAUUGCUAUCUGUGACCUGGCAGACCACAUAGAAAGACUGAAGGCCAAUGACGGCCUGCACUUCUCUCAGGAGUACGAGUCCAUUGAUCCAGGGCAGCAGUUCACCUGGGAGCACUCCAACCUGGAAGUCAACAAGCCAAAGAACCGCUAUGCAAAUGUUAUUGCCUACGACCACUCCAGGGUCAUCCUCACACCUGUGGAUGGAGUUCCAGGUAGUGAAUACAUCAACGCUAACUACAUUGACGGCUACAGGAAGCAGAAUGCUUACAUUGCCACUCAGGGGCCACUGCCGGAGACACUGAGUGACUUCUGGAGGAUGGUGUGGGAGCAGAGGACCUGCACCAUUGUUAUGAUGACCCGCCUGGAGGAGAAGUCACGGGUGAAGUGUGACCAGUACUGGCCCAGUCGAGGCACAGAAACAUAUGGGAUGAUUCAGGUGACCAUGCUGGACACCGUGGAGCUGGCUACAUACAGCGUACGCACAUUCGCCGUCUAUAAGAACGGUUCAAGUGAGAAGAGAGAGGUUCGACAGUUCCAGUUUAUGGCGUGGCCUGACCAUGGAGUGCCUGAGUAUCCCACCCCAACACUGGCCUUUCUACGCAGAGUCAAGGCCUCUAAUCCUCCAGACACUGGACCCAUGGUCGUCCACUGCAGUGCUGGUGUGGGCCGGACUGGCUGCUUCAUUGUGAUUGAAGCCAUGCUGGAGAGGAUAAAACAUGAGAAGUCGGUGGACAUUUAUGGCCAUGUGACGUGUAUGCGGGCCCAGAGGAACUACAUGGUGCAGACAGAGGAUCAGUACAUAUUCAUUCACGAGGCCCUUCUGGAAGCUGCAACAUGUGGCAACACAGAGGUCCCUGCCCGAAACCUGUAUGCCCACAUCCAGAAGCUCACCCAGAUCCCUCCUGGGGAGACUGUUACCACCAUGGAACUGGAGUUUAAGAAACUGGCCAACUCUAAAGCACAUACCUCAAGAUUCAUCAGUGCCAACCUGCCGUGUAACAAAUUCAAGAACCGCCUGGUGAACAUCAUGCCUUUCGAGUCCACCCGCGUCUGCCUGCUGCCAAUCAGAGGGGUGGAGGGCUCCGAUUACAUCAACGCCAGCUUCAUUGAUGGAUAUAGGCAGCAGAAAGCGUACAUGGCCACCCAGGGCCCGUUGGCUGAGACCACAGAGGACUUCUGGAGGAUGCUGUGGGAACACAACUCAACCAUUGUAGUCAUGCUCACCAAACUCCGCGAGAUGGGACGGGAAAAGUGUCAUCAGUACUGGCCUGCCGAGCGCUCUGCACGCUACCAGUACUUUGUUGUGGACCCCAUGGCUGAGUACAACAUGCCUCAGUACAUCCUGAGAGAGUUCAAAGUCACCGAUGCCAGGGAUGGUCAGUCACGGACCAUCAGACAGUUUCAGUUCACUGACUGGCCAGAACAAGGAGUGCCAAAAACUGGGGAGGGAUUCAUCGACUUCAUUGGCCAAGUCCAUAAAACUAAGGAGCAAUUUGGACAAGAUGGACCAAUCACUGUGCACUGCAGUGCCGGUGUUGGGCGUACUGGCGUGUUCAUCACCCUGAGCAUCGUCUUGGAGAGGAUGAGGUACGAGGGAGUGGUCGACCUCUUCCAGACCGUCAAGACGCUCAGAACUCAGAGGCCAGCCAUGGUACAGACAGAGGACCAGUACCAACUGUGCUACCGGGCUGCUCUGGAGUACCUGGGAAGCUUUGAUCACUAUGCAACAUAACCCCUCCCUCCCCAGAGGGACACCCUCAGAAGAGUUCAGUGUCUCCUCUGAGCCAUAUCCACUCAGUUCCAUCAGUCCCUGCGGCCUGAUGAGGAGGCUGCAAGGAGGGCCGAUGAGGAGGUUAUCACAGCAGGAAACGGGAGAUUGGAGGGAAGAGGAGAGAGGACAGGACCACCUCCUCCUGGACUGGUGCCAUGAUUCUGCCACAGACCCCACACCAAUACGUCCCAUAAAACAACCCUGAAAGACUUUAAUCAUGCCUCAUUCUGAUUCUUGACUGAAUACUCCUGUCACUCCCCAGUUUCUGCCUCCUCCUAAUAGCAAAAACUAUUUUUCUGCUAUUUUCAUUUAUAUUCAUCAUUACUAUGUUGUUAUGAAUACUUAGAAUUUAUUUUGUAAUCACUUACACUGGUUAUUAUAUGUCUUAAUGGGUCUUUUUUAAAUGUGUUUAUCUUUUUAUUAUUUUAUUAGCACAAAGGACAUGUAUUUUCAACAUGCUCUGAAUUAUUAAUACUGGAGAGCGUAUAGUCACAGCUGCUAAUAACUGUUUUUCGUUCCAUAGAUGACAUUAUAAUAUUACCAUUACUCAGUUGGUCUUAUUUAGGGGGAAAUAUGGGUUCUGACUUCCUGUCUUCACAUUCAACAGAAUGAUGAUAAUGAUAUGGAUGAUGAUGAUGAUAUUUACCACACAGAGCAAAUAAACAGAUAAAGUUUGUGAACUGCAGUUUGAAAUAAACCUAUUAUACAUGCAAAGACUACUCACACCUGAACAACUGCUAGCAUGUAAGAGUUUCUUGUCUUCUUAAAGCCUUCAGAGAUUUGGAGACUUCCAACAAAAGAAAUAUAAAGCUGUUGUAAAGGUUAUGUGCACCAUAUUUUCCACAUGCCUUCUGGAGUGGACUCAGGUUGACUAAGCACAGACAGCCUGUGUGUGAUGAUGUCAAAUGCUGAUCACAUGUUCCAUCCAGAAAAAUAGAAAGGAAAUCCGUUAUGGCAUCAGGGAAGAGCUCCAACACCCCAAAUAAUGACAAGCCCCAAAAACUUCAAUUCAACUGGUUUACCUGCACAACCUUAAAGGAUAAAGCUGACUUACUAUAUGUUUUCUUAUUGUUAACAAAUUCCAUGGACACAUCAAACCCAACAGUAUGUUAGUAUGUCUCUCAAUACUUUCUGACUUCCUUGUCUGUGGCUCUCUGCACCAAGCCCAUUGGUUCCCACUGAAAUGACAAUACAAUACAAACAUACAGCUUAAGUUUUAAAGAGGGUUGAGCAUUUGUCCUGCAACAAGUUGACACUGUAGCUGUCGGCAGAUGUUACUUAAAUUUUGGGGCAGCGGGACAGCGCAUGUUGGAUUGAUUCUAAAUAGUGUGUGUGUGUGUGUGUGUUCAUGAUAACGAAGGAACAUGUCAUCAGUGUGACGGGGUCGUUCAUUGAUGUGCUUUAAUCAUUUCUGGACAACGAUUUGGCACAGAGGAACAAGAUGUAUCAGGCUUCUAUACACACACAACACUUGUUAGUAGAUACACUCGUUGUUGGUUCAGGUCUGCACAUUGGAUUUCUUGAUGUUGGGAAAGAUGAUCAGAAUUUACCUUUAAAUAAACUUUAAAUGUCAUUCAUGUUGAUUUUAUCAAACCCAACACAAUUCACAGCUGCGUUUCAAAACAUCGGCAGUAUAACAAUGGGUUUGGAAGAAUGCUGUUGCACAAUUCAUAUGAAAGAAAUCUGAAAGCAUGAUGAGUCAGUUUAACACAAUCUCACACAUUCUUGGGCUGCUUUUAGCCAAAGUUACUUUAAGUUAGCUUAUCUGAAAACAUGUCUAACUCCCACUACCAUGCAAUCUGAUUUUCUGUGCUAAUAAUCAUUUCAAUAGAAUUUCCAGACAUACUGGGAAUAAAGCCCCAAUUCCAAAAACGUUGGGAUGCUAUGUAAACUAUAAACAAAAGCAGAAUGCAAUAAUUUGCAGAUGACCUUUGUUUACCAAAAGGCCUUACGGAUUUACGUAGUAAACUGUUUUAUGAAGUGUUCUCAAUCCCAUGUCCUUUAUCCAAUCAUGUUUUCACAAAGUGGUGAACCUCGCUCCAUCCUUGCUUGUGAACAACUGAGGAUGCCCCUUUCAUACCCAAUCAUGAUACUAUCACCUGUCACCAAUCAACCUGUUUACCUGUGGAAUGAUCCAAACAGGUGUUUUUGGAGCGUUCCGCAGCAGUUGUGGUACAGAAAAGUCAGUAUGGACAGUGCACCAUUACAUCGUGGACCACAUAUACUGCAUGCAACAUGACUUUACAUUAUACAGGGAAGUGAUUUAGUGAUCCCCACACUUUUCUGACUUUCCCACUCGUCUUAUGACCUGCACCUUUCUGUUUGCACACAUGACUUUACACAGACAGGACACACAAGGAGAAACACUGGAUUCAUUCACCCUAUUCAUGAUAUAUCACAGCUCAACUGUUUUAUCACCGCGUUGCAGAUGGACAGAGAUCUGAGUGCAGCAUCACUGUUCAGUGGUGGAUCUCUGUAGUUUACAGCUGAGAUGACAAAGUGAGAUGAAGUGGACCAUAUGACAGAUUCAUUUCACAGAGUAAUGCUGUAGGGGUCUUAUCUGUUGUAUAUAUGACCUUUUUUCUAUUUGUUAAUAAAAAACAGAGAAAAAAUGUCUUGAAAACCUUGAUGUUAAUAAAGUUGAAUAAUUGG